AUGGCCAAGGCUAAGAAGACCACCGAUACCCUCUCCUCGCGCCUUGCGCUUGUGAUGAAGUCCGGCAAGGUCACCAUGGGAUCCAAGUCUACCCUCAAGACCCUCCGCUCUGGCAAGGCUAAGCUCAUCCUCAUCGCCGGAAACUGCCCACCUCUGCGCAAGUCCGAGCUCGAGUACUAUGCUAUGCUCGCCAAGGUCCCAGUCCACCACUUCCACGGAAACAACUGGACUAUCUCUAUGGUGACUUUGGAGAGUAGUAGUUGCUCUGAGAAGGGAUUUCCCUCCCACAUGCUAUUUUUGUAUACCAUGUGCUGGGAUAUUGCUGGAGAGCUUGGCUAA